AUGAAGGAUCGAACUAUCAUCUCAACAGCCAUUCCAUACAUCACUGACCAGUUCCAUUCAAUCGACGACAUUGGCUGGUACGGAAGUGCAUACAUGCUGACGAAUUGUUCCUUUCAACUUUUCUACGGACGAAUUUACAAAUUUUAUUCUACCCGGAACGUUUUCUUCCUUGCAGUUGGUCUGUUUGAAGUGGGCUCUGCAGUAUGCGGCUCUGCUCCAAACUCUACUGCGUUGAUCGUUGGUCGUGCUAUCGCGGGAGCUGGAUCUGCCGGUAUGUUGGCAGGCGUCAUGCAGAUAUUGGUUCACACUGUUCCUCUUGCAAAGCGACCAGUAUAUACCGGUGUCCUCAGCAGCAUGUCUGGAAUUGCUUCUGUGGUCAGCCCGAUCCUGUCAGGUGUUUUUACCCAGAAGGUGUCGUGGCGGUGGUGCUUCUAUAUCAACCUACCAUUUGCCGCCAUCUCGAUCGUCACUGUUUUCUUUCUGGUGAAAACACCGCCGCCCCGUGAGCAGAAUUUGUCUUUCCGACAAAAGAUUGCCUGUCUUGACCUUCACGGAAUCGUUCUAUUUCUUCCUUGUGUCGUCUGCCUGAUUCUCGCUCUACAAUGGGGAGGCACCACCUACUCUUGGCACGAUGUUCGCAUCAUCGGAUUAUGGGUUGUCUUCGGAGUGACAUUGAUUGCAUGGCUGGGUGUCCAGGUGUGGAAGAAAGAAGCUGCAACGGUCCCGGGAAGAGUCUUUUUCCAGCGUAGCGUCCUUGCAGGGUUCUUUUUCUCCAUUAGCUUCAUCUCAUCCAUGAUGCUCCUGGUAUACUAUAUCCCAACAUGGUUCCAGGCUAUCAAAGGUGACUCACCAGUAGAUGCUGGCCUAUCAUUUUUGCCGUUCAUCCUUGGCCUCAUGACUGCUGCUACCAUCGGUGGCUUUGUCACGCAGAAAAUCGGAUAUUACGUCCCAACGAUGAUUUGUGCUUGUGUUCUGUCUAGCGUUGGAACUGGACUAUUGACGAGCUCGUUCCAGCCCAGCACAGACCGUCCACACUGGAUAGGCCUCCAAGUUCUCUGUGGCUUUGGCGUAGGCCUCGGGAUUCAACAACCAAUUCUUGCAGCUCAAACAGUGCUUCCACCGCCUGAUAUCUCCACCGGGAUUGCAAUCAUGUUUUUUGGGCAACAACUCGGUGGCACCAUUUUUCUUCAAGUUGCGGAAACUGUCUUCAGCCAUGUGCUCAAGAGUGGUCUAUAUGGCCUUAAGGGGCUGAGCGUGGACGACGCCAACGCCAUAGCGAGGGCGGGUGCGACUGAAUUCCGAACCAUGGUUUCUCCAUCUAUGGUAGUGGACGUGGUGAAAGUCUACCAUCGCGCCAUAACUCAUACAUGGUAUAUCUCGCUAGCUCUCACUUGCACCGCGAUUAUUCCUACGCUAUUCAUGGAAUGGAGAAGCAUCAAAACCAAGAAGAGUGGGCCCGGGGCCAUUUCCGAUAAACAGGGUCCGGUCGGAGGAUCCUCGGCAGCGGCGCCCGCCGUAGAUCGGCUUCCGCCGACAGGAAAGGAUGAUAGGCCAGACUUUCCUCAUAAGGUGUGA